AUGGAUGACGAUGGAGACGGCUGGGGCGACUUUGAGGCGGGAGGGGGAGGGGGACAUCAGGAGGUGGACUUCGCAUUGGCUCAGGCGGAGUCUGCACCUGCGGCUUGUCCUCAACAAGGUCCAAGAUUUGCCGUGGACAGCCGCGGCAUGUGGAAAGCUCAGGAAGUGGAGCCCGAGAAGCCCGAGUCAUCCGAACCCAAAGAGGCGGUGACCGAGACGGCGGAGAAGAAGUCCGAGGCGGUUGGCUGGGGCAGUUUGAUGAACUUCGGCCAAGCUUUGCUGGCGGAAGCGAGCCAUGCCCUGACGGAGCCAGAUUCUGUGGACAGUCCGGAUGACACUCUGCGAGCGGAAUUUUCCUCCAUGCUGCAUCGCUACCAGCACAUGCUUGAAGACAUCUAUCGGCAACACAAUCCCGAGAAGCUCUCUGACAUCCCCAAGCUGAUCAACAGGUUCAAGGACCAGGCCGAAACCGUAGAUGACCUGGCAAGUUUCAAAUUACAUUGCGAGGAGAAGAUGCACUCCUUCCACCAGGCAGUCUGCAAGAAAUAUGGCCUUGAAGAGGAAGAACAUCCCAUUCGCGCCGCGAUUGUGGCCAUCUACGAGAAGCACAAUCCUGCGAAGUUGUCAAACAUCGACCAGCUCCUGACCAAAUUCAAGGGCAAGGAACCAACGCUCUACAAGAGCAUCUGUGAGAAAUAUGGGGUUGAACCUGACAGCCGAUGGGUGGAGGAGGAGGAGGAGGAGCCCAAGACUGACAGCCACUGGGGCGGCGGAUUCUUCGGCGGCGGAGGUUUGGGCGCCUUGGGCGGCGCGCUGAAGGCCACCAGUGCCCUGCAAUCCCUGCAGAGUGCAGCAGAAGGCCUGCAGGGCUUGCGAGAGAAGGUGGAACGCUCCUUCGAUGAGGCCCUGGCGGAUCGCGGAGAGAUGCACGACUCAGCAAACGACCAGACCGCAACGGCUGCAAAACCCGGAAGCGAAGAGAAGGCCCACCAAAAAGAAAUAGAGACUGAAGAGCAAGAGGACGAAAUGACAGACGAGACUCUCCAUAAGCAACAAGAGCAACUGGAACAGAAAGGCCUUCAGAAGCAGAAGGCAGAAAGACUAGAAAGAGAACAAGCGGAGCAGGAAGGACUUGAGCAAGAGAAGUUGGAACAAGAGCGUUUGGAGCAGCAACGGCUAGAGGCAGAGAGAGAAGAGCAAGAACGACUGCAGAAGGAAAAGGAGGAGGCAGAAAGGCUCGAAAGAGAGCGCGAGGAGCAGGAGCGACUUGAGCAAGAGAAGUUGGAACAAGAGCGUAUGGAGUUGCAACGCCUAGAGGCAGAGAGAGAAGAGCAAGAACGACUGCAGAAGGAGAAGGAGGAGGCUGAGGAGGCAGAAAGACUAGAAAGAGAACAAGCGGAGCAGGAGCGACUUGAGCAAGAGAAGUUGGAACAAGAGCGUUUGGAGCAGCAACGCCUAGAGGCAGAGAGAGAAGAGCAAGAACGACUGCAGAAGGAGAAGGAGGAGGCUGAGGAGGCAGAAAGGCUCGAAAGAGAGCGAGAGGAGCAGGAGCGACUUGAGCAAGAGAAGUUGGAACAAGAGCGUUUGGAGCAGCAACGCCUAGAGGCAGAGAGAGAAGAGCAAGAACGACUGCAGAAGGAGAAGGAGGAGACAGAAAGGCUCGAAAGAGAGCGAGAGGAGCAGGAGCGACUUGAGCAAGAGAAGCUGGAACAAGAGCGUUUGGAGCAGCAACGCCUAGAGGCAGAGAGAGAAGAGCAAGAACGACUGCAGAAGGAGAAGGAGGAGGCUGAAAGGCUCGAAAGAGAGCGAGAGGAGCAAAGGGCUGUUGAGCACAACAAUCCUUUCGAUGAUGGGUGUCACGAGAACAAUGUGCCCUCGGCGUUGACGGAUGGCAGCAAUGAAGCAAGUCCAUCGUCCGAGGCCAGACGUAGAGAUCAGCCAGAGGCGGCAAACAAAGCACUCGAACUUCUGGCCGAGUACGAGGUUCGCGUGAAAGCAGUGUACCAGAAGCAUAACCCAGAUGCUUUGUCUGACCAGCAUCUGGAUCAGAUUCUAGGCAAGUACCGGGAACAGAUUCUGAGCCGCCCGGGCGAUUCAGAUCAACCAGAGGUCUUGGAGAGGUACCGGGAACGCCUGGAAAGCCUGUACCAAGCCAUUUGCGCACGCUACGAGGACGCCAAGCCCGAGGACCUGAGGGCGAUGUACACGCGCCACAUCACCGCCAUCUACCGUGAGCACAAUCCCACCAAACUCUCGGAAGUUGACAAGUUGAUUGAUAAGUACAGUGAGCAGCUCCCGGUGCUGUAUCAGUCCAUUUGCCAGAAGUACGAAAUCAAGCCAUCACCAGAGCUUGAGAAUGAGGCCAAGGGGGAGAUCCAGUCCACAGCGGAGUCCAAGCCCCUGUGGGGCGCUUCCUUCUUGACCAGCGGUUUGCAGACGCUGAAAACCUUGCAUGGAGCAGCGGAAGGCAUCCGGCAACAUAUGGAGCAAUCCUUUGAGGAGGCGAUCAGAUCCGAAGAGGAGAUCAGCACCAUGCAGGUGGUGCAGGGCUUGAGCAAAGCAGCUGAGAAGGGCGCGGCGAAGGCAGAGAUGAAGUCCAAGGAGGCAGCACCGCUGCAGCCCACCGCUUUGAGCGACACCAACGUUGCGAGCGAGGGGGCGGUCGACGGUCUCGGCGAUGGACAAUCAAAGGCAGUUGUCCUUGAGGGGAUGCAGGAGCUGGAACAGCUUCGGGCGGACAAGGAGCGAUUGCAGAAGGAGAAUCGCAAUCUGAAGGCGGAGAAGGAGAACCUCAUCAUGGAGGGGACAAAGAUGUCAAGACGAGUACAGUCGGUGGAGGAACGCAUGAAGGUGAUGACUUCAGACUGCCGCAAGAUGGAGGAAGGCAGUGAUGAGCUCGAGCGGAAGAUCGAGAAGCUGAACGCACAGCUGGCGCGCCAAACUGCUCGGGCCGAGAAGGCUGAAGCUCAAUGUAGCGAGCUGAAGGCCGAGUCGCGCAAGACUUCUUCGGAGUUGGAACGCGCCAAGCAACAGCUGCAGGGAGAGAAGCGGCAAAUGCAGGCAGACCAGCAAGCGCUUCAAGUGAAAACGCGCGAGAGCACAGAGAAGGAGCGACGGAUGGAGGAACGGCUUCAGCAGCUCUGCCACGAGCGAGACGAGCUGCGAGCCACCAGCAGCUCGCUGACAGUGGAGCUGCAGCAGGCCCUGGGUGCAGUAGACAACUUGGAACGUCGCUUGCAGCAGCAGAUCCAGGAGACUGAACAGCUGCAAGAGCAGCACCGAAGGCAACUGGAAGCUGCCGAGUACGAGUUUGUGAAUGAGAGCAUGCCGUACCAGCAACGGCUGGGGGAGAUGGAAGCGCAGCUUGCGCAUCAGGAGCAAAAGUUCUUGGAGCGGGAGGCCAUCGCCUACCGCGAACGCGACAAGGAGCGCGCAGAACUUGAAGCCGCCAAGGAGGAACUCAGACAGAGAGAAGCCUUGCAGGAACGCCGGGCUCGUGAACUCCAUGAGGAAUCCUUGCGCGCACAGAUGGCGCAUGAGGAGGCUGCACAGCUUCGCAGCUUGAAGGAAACCGUGCAGUCUGCCCGUGAAGCCGCUGACCGCAGCCGGGAAGCGGCGGAAGGUGAGUUGAGGCUGGAGAGCGCCCGGCGGAAGUCCGCGGAACAGCGUGGCGACGACUUGCAGCAGCAGGUUGACAAGCUGCAAACUUCAGCGACAGGCCCCGGUUUCGGCAGCUCGGAAACUGAAGUGCAGCUCCGGAUGCAGGUGAGCUGUGUAACACAGCAGCGGGAUACCUUGCAGCAGAUCUGGCUCUCAAACAAGAGGUUUCCACUUAUUCUCGCCGUUGAGCUGCGUCAACUGUUUGCUGCCAUGGCAGAUUGCAAUUGUUGCAACAGCCUUGGGUCAAGUCCGGCAUUCCAACUCCUCUUGAGCAUUGCUGUUGUGAUCCUAUUCCUUCUGAUUGGGAUCUACGGCAUCUCCAUCAUCAUUCUCUCGAACUGGGACUUGAGUGGAUUUGAUUUCUCAGAUGAGUGGCAGAGCGCAGCUGACUUCUAUGUCACGUCCCAAGACUUGGCGUAUUGGUUCGGAGCGAUUGUUGGCGUGUUAUGGUUAAUUGCUAUAUGUUCUCGAUGCUGUGCACCGUGCUGUUGCCAGUUGAGUGACGUCCAAUGCCCCUGCAGCCCCUGCAAGACGUUUCAUAUGUUGGAUGCGCCCUUCUUCAUUGGUGUUUUGAUUGCCGUGUGGCCCGUGAACAUGAUUCGCUCGCAGAGGGAUGUGCCGUGGACGGAAGACAAUAAUGUGUUCCACACUGAGGGCUUCAUACUGUUCACAGAUGCGGUAUUGGUGAUUGGCCUGCUGAUCCUCCUGGUGGCUAUCCCUUCGAGCUUCGUGAAGUGGCGCAAGAUGGUUUCGGGUGGGCCCAGGCCCCAAGCAGCUGUGCCUGCACCAGCUGUGCCUGCAACAGCAGUAGGGCCGCCUGUUGUUGUGGCCACUGUUGUGGGGAGUGGCAAUGAUAACGCCCAGAGUGGUGCAGUGUGAUGGCAGGAUUUCACAUCACAAUCCAUCGAGCUGUAACCAUCG